UAGAUAAUUUUUAUUUUUUUUCAUUGGACUUACCUAAAGUUUUUGCCUUUAUAUGAUAAUAAGCAAAGACUGAUAGAAAUUUAAAAAUAGGAAUGGAUUGUUAUUUAAAAAUAGUGACAUAGGAAAAUGCUUGAGAUUUAAAGAAAGAAUGAUUUAAAACUAAUAUAUGAUCCCAGUUUUGUUAAGUAAAACAUUAUCCAAAUGGCUAUUAAAAAUUGUGCUAACUACUGCGGAAGAGAAAAGAAUAGGGUGUUAUGAUAAAGCAAAAUGAAGGUGGAGGAAAGAGAAUCUGUUUAGACAGGGAAGGCAGCAAAGACGUCCAUAAGGAAGUGAUAUUUUAAGCCAGCCUUGGAGUAACAGUAGGAGUUAGCCUGUUAAACGUGGAAGGAAAAACAUUCUAGGAAGAGUGAUAAGCAUUAUAGAGGUUUUUAGGCCAAAAAGUGGCUUUGACCAGUUCAGAAAACUGAAGCAAGAACCAAUGUAUCUGGCUCUAAAAGUAUGACAUGAAGUUGGAAAGGAGGCAGGGACCUUGUAUAAUAUGGUAGGGAUUUGGGAUUUUGUUCUGAUGGUUAUGGGCAGCCACUGAAGGAUUUGCAUGAAAUAGUUUGUAUUUUGAAAAGAUCUCUUGGACUGCUCUGAGGAGGAAGAACUGGAAAGGGGCAAGAGAGAACCAGGGAGAUGAGUAAGGAGACUUUUACAAUUGAUUGGGAGAUGAUGGUGCCCAGUUAAGAUAGUGAAGAUAAAGAACAGAAAAGCGAUUGGAGGUAUAUUCUGGUGAUAGCAUUGACAGGACUUAGUGACAGGUUGGAUUGAGGGUGUGAGGGAGAGGGAACAGGAGCUGUUAGGGAUGAUUUUUAGAAUACCUUGUUGGGGUGACUUGGUAUAUUGCAUAGAUGGUGGAGUAGGUUUUUUUUGAAGAGUAAGGGAUGAGAAAAAUGUUCAGCAUGGAGCACGUUUAACUUGCAAUAUCUGUAAGACUGCUAAGGAGAGAUGUUGAAUAGAUGAGGUCUGUUACCCAGAAGAGCUACAGGUCUGGGACAGAGAUAUGCAUUUAAGAGUUGUUGGCACAGAUCAUGCUGUAGGCACUAUGGAUGGAUGGGAUUGGCUGUGGAGAGAAUCUGGAGUGAGUGGAACAAAGAGUCUAGGGCUGAGCCCUGAGGAAAUCUGAUAUGAAACAUCAAGCAAUGGGGAAAGGCUAGGAGAAUGUGGGGUCGCUGCAAAGCCAGUGGGAGUGAGUGUCAAGGAGGAAGGGCUUGGCUGUAUGGAAUGUGUUGAAAGGUCUGCUAAAAUGAUGACUAGAAAGUGUCCAUUGGAUCUGGCAACGUGGAGGCUCUGUGUGAUGGUGGGAGAAGGGGAGACAGUGCAGUGGUGCAGGUGCAUGACUGACUGGAGUGAAUAGAAGAAUUGGAAGUGAUGGAGAGAUGAGAGAUUGUACACAACUUACAAUCUUGGCUCUCAAGAGAGAGGCCAGUGCUGGAUGGGAAUGUCAAGUCAGGGAGAGGUUUUUUGUUUCCUUUUAACAAGGGACAUUCUAGAGUUUAUUUGAAUGCUAAUGGAAAUGACUUAGUGGGAGGGGAACACUAGUGGUCCUAUUGAUGAUGUUUGAUUGGAAGAGGAAAGAAGGAGAUGUGGGUAGGCUUUGAUGUCUGCUCUGUGUUGAGUAGGUACUAGGUACUAUGCUAAGUGGUUGGCACAGGGACUUAAAAUUCACAGUAGCUCCAUGAGGUUGGUAUGAUUAUCCCUAUUUUACAGAUGAGGAAUGGGGGGUGAAUAGAGGUAGAGCCAAAGUCUUGAUCCAGAACUGUCUGAUUUCAGAGCUUGGACUCUUAGCUCUGACUUACACUCUUGGAGAAUUUCCUCUGUGGUGGUGUAUUAGUUUGCUAGGCUGCCAUCACAAACUAGGUGGCAUAAACAACAGGAAUUAAUUUUCUCGCUGUCCUGGAUGCCAGAAGUCCAAGAUCAAGGUGUCAGCAGCUUUAGUUUCUCCUGAGGCCUGUCUCCUUGGGCUGCAGAUGGCCGCCUUCCUCGUGUCCUCACAUGGCCUUUUCUCUGUGCACAUGUAUCCCUGGUGUCUGUCUUAUAUCCUAAUGUCCUCUUCUUAGAAGGGCACCAGGCAGACUGGAUUAGAGCCUACUCUAAGGGUCUUAAUUUUGACUUAAUCACCACUUUAAGGCCUUAUCUCCAAAUACAGUUACAUUUUGACAUUAAGCCUUCAAUAUAUGAUUUUGGGGGUGGAGGGUACUAUGCAGUCCGUAACAGAUGGCGUCUGCUUUCUUAAAAGUAUAAGGAAAAGAGUGGGUGUGGGGGAGUUUUGGAAAACACGGAGAGAGAUGAAACAGUGAUUGAAGAAGGUAGUAGAAGGAGCUUAUUGGAGAAAUGUAGUCUGAGGGUCAGUCGAGUUUGGAGGUCGUUUCUGUAUAUCUCAACUAUCUGAGUUUCUGCAGCAAUAUUCAUGCAGCAAUACAUGGUUGAGUAAAGAGUAAGACCUCUGUGCUGCAGUGAGGCUGCUGGUGGCUCACAUGGGCUUAGCAACCAGCCAAACCUCCUUUUUUUUUGGUGCACAAAGUUGAAAGGUUUAUGUGUUCUAGUCACCUCCCCAGCACAAUUACAAAUCACUGUAUGUCAGGGGCCUUCCUGGAUGUUCUCUAAUAGUCGAAAACAUGAAAGUUAUUUAUAAAUAAGUCUACCACCGCUAAGAUUUUGUUGCAUUUGCCAAUGUAAAAAUUAGCGUGACCAUUUUUCCAACCAGUUCUAGAAGUUGUCCUUCAUGAUUACUCACCACUAUCUUUGUUCUUCUUUCUCUCCCCUUCAUUCUUUCUGCCCCGUUUCCAUCUUCACUCAUCGGUUAUUUUUUUGGCCACCUCCUAGACGUCUGGCAUUAGGAAUAAAAAGAGGCAGCAAUCUAGUGUGGGAGACAGACAUGUAUAUAUUACAGAACCAACACCCCCAAAUGAUAGGGGAUAUCAUCAAAGUGAUAAUUCUUUUGUUCAUUUAUCCUGCAAAUGUAUCAACUGCUUACCAAGUGGCAGGCAAUGUGUUAGGCUUGGGAUAGAGACAGGAGUCAGACACAGUUUCUACCUUCAAGAAACUUACAACCUGGCAUAGAAAACAAACAGGUAAGUAAAUAAAGACAAUGCAAUGUGACAUUUGUAAAAUAUUAAGAGGUCUCCAAGUAGGGAAGGAUUCUUUUCUUUGUUCUCCCUUGCAUGUUUGGAUACCUGUUGAAAGGAGCCACGGCUGCAUUUUAACAAAAGGAACUUUAAAAAGAAUAUUCAUUCAUUCCACACACAGUUUUGAAUCCUUGUCUUUGUUGUGUAGUGCCAGUUUUGUAGCUGUUAAAUUAUGAGCAAGUGCUGAGUUUGGGAUCUUUGGCUUUUCUCUUCACAUGAGUUUAUUGUCCACAACCUGCCCCAUCAACACCUUUUUUUAGGUGGUAGAAUGAUUAAUGGUAUUCCUGAAAUACUUGACGGAAACCUGCUGAUUAUUAAAACUGGGAGAAGUCAUAGUAACAAAGCUUUACUGUGAUGGUGGGUGAGCAGAAGGCACAUGCUGCUGAGUAUUGAUCUCAGAAACUAUGUAUUAAUGUGUGUGUGGGGUCCCUGUCACAGGAUUUUAAAAAGGCGGUGAACACACUGAGAUCAAAAACACCGAGAACGAAAUGGGUUUUUGUAAAUUAUGUAGGAGCUUCAAGUAUCGCUUCUUUUUACCUUAUCUCAGGAAAAAAGUUAUUUACAACCAAAUACUUUUGAGGUUCCUUGAGACAAUGGAUAUAAACUUGUUGCUUUCUUCAGAGGUGAUGUCUAUACAAAAUCAAGGUAUUAUUAUCUGCCAUGCAGACUUAUUUUUGUGGGGAAAUGCUAACCAUAUUAUGGAAAUAGUACAGGUAGUAGGAGGGAGAAAAGGCAGAUUUGAUCAAUGGUAUAUGUGGGAUUUAGAAUCAACGAUUAACCUAAAAACAGCUGGGAAUUGCUUUGAUAUCAUGCAGCGAACACCCACUAUCUGCAUAUUGACUUCCUCUCAGAGUCGUGUUCUAGAGUAUGUCACAGCGGAAAGAGCACAGGAUGGGGGCCAGGGGUAUAAGAUCUGAUCUAGCUCUGCCACUGACAACUUAAUUGCCUCAUUUUCCCCAUCUUUAAAAUGACAUGGUUUUGGGAAAAGGUCCCUAAGGUCCCUCCAGUUGUGAUAUGUCAUCAUUCUGUGAUUCUACGUCCCACGCCUGUCAAAAGCAUUUUGACUUUUCUUAAGUUGCUUACACCAGCAUUUCAGUUAGAAUGCGUCCAGGAGCUUGUAUCCGUGGGCUGUUGGGAACAGCAAGACCUUGCUUCUCCAGGACUUGAUAUGUCUUCUGUUAACUGCUGACAGUGAGCCAUACCACCUAAAAGGCUCCCUUGGUAGCCGUAAAGAUUGAAAGGACAAAUGGACAGUGUUGAGAGCUCUGUGGAAGAGGAGACCUGAGAGACGGUGAUCAUCAUGGCCCCUUGGGAUUUGCAAAGAGGAAUGACUAGAACUGGGCCAUUCACUGCAGCCAGGUCAAAGGUCAGGUCAGGAAUGUGGACAAUGCUGGUGACUCCAGUUGCUUCCAAGAUUCGGUACUUACAAGAAUAUCAUAACCGGGUUCUUCACAACAUUUAUCCUGUACCUUCAGGGACAGAUAUUGCAAACACCCUGAAAUACUUUUCUCAGACCUUGUUAAGAAGACAAAGGAAAUCGAGCAUUUUGUCCCGCACAGGGAAGAAGGAAAACCAAGAUGCCUCCAAUUUGACAGUGCCCAUGACCAUGUGUCUUUUUCCUGUGCCAUUCCCACUCACCCCAUCUCUAAGACCGCAGGUCAGUUCCAUCAACCCUACUGUUACUCGCUCCCUCCUUUACAGCGUCCUGCGAGAGGCCCCCUCUGAACGCGGCCUGCAGAGUCGUGAUGCUCACUUGUCAGACUACCCUUCUUUGGACUAUCAAGGCCUCUACGUGACUUUGGUGACUCUCCUGGAUCUAGUUCCUUUACUACAGCAUGGCCAACACGAUCUUGGACAGUCGAUAUUUUAUACAACUACAUGUUUGCUACCCUUUCUCAAUGAUGAUAUUCUGAGUACUUUGCCCUACACGAUGAUAUCAACGUUAGCUACCUUUCCUCCAUUUCUGCACAAGGAUAUUAUUGAAUAUCUUAGCACAUCUUUUCUACCAAUGGCUAUAUUGGGUUCCUCAAGGAGAGAAGGCGUUCCUGCCCAUGUUAAUCUGUCUGCAUCAUCCAUGCUUAUGAUUGCAAUGCAAUACACAUCCAACCCAGUGUAUCAUUGUCAAUUAUUGGAAUGCCUCAUGAAAUAUAAGCAAGAAGUCUGGAAAGAUCUUUUGUAUGUGAUCGCCUAUGGGCCUUCACAGGUGAAGCCUCCUGCUGUGCAAAUGCUGUUCCAUUACUGGCCCAAUUUAAAGCCUCCUGGGGCAAUAAGUGAAUACAGGGGCUUGCAGUAUACAGCUUGGAAUCCCAUCCACUGCCAGCACAUUGAAUGCCACAACGCAAUUAACAAGCCAGCUGUGAAGAUGUGUAUAGACCCUUCCCUGUCUGUAGCUCUGGGGGAUAAACCACCUCCAUUGUAUCUCUGUGAAGAAUGCAGCCAGAGAAUUGCAGGGGACCACAGUGAAUGGUUGAUUGAUGUUCUUCUGCCACAAGCUGAAAUAUCUGCUAUAUGUCAGAAGAAGAACUGCAGUUCUCACGUAAGAAGAGCGGUGGUCACCUGCUUUUCAGCGGGGUGCUGUGGCCGUCACGGAAACAGGCCUGUUCGGUACUGCAAAAGAUGCCACUCGAAUCAUCACAGCAAUGAAGUGGGGGCUGCCUCGGAGACGCACCUGUAUCAGACCUCCCCUCCGCCCAUCAACACUCGGGAAUGCGGCGCCGAGGAGCUGGUCUGCGCGGUGGAGGCGGUGAUCAGCUUGUUGAAAGAAGCCGAGUUUCAUGCAGAGCAGCGGGAAUAUGAACUGAACCGCCGGCGGCAGCUGGGCCUUUCCUCUUCCCAUCAUUCCCUGGAUAACACUGACUUUGACAACAAGGACGAUGAUAAACACGACCAGCGGCUACUCAGUCAAUUUGGAAUAUGGUUUUUAGUGAGCCUCUGUACACCCAGUGAGAACACACCUACGGAAAGCUUGGCCAGGCUGGUGGCCAUGGUGUUUCAGUGGUUUCACUCCACAGCCUAUAUGAUGGAUGAUGAAGUUGGGAGUUUGGUGGAAAAACUGAAGCCUCAGUUUGUCACCAAGUGGUUGAAGACAGUAUGUGAUGUUCGCUUUGAUGUCAUGGUCAUGUGCCUUCUUCCCAAACCAAUGGAGUUCGCCAGGGUCGGUGGAUACUGGGAUAAAUCCUGCAGCACAGUGACUCAGUUGAAGGAAGGGCUCAACCGAAUCCUCUGCCUGAUCCCCUACAAUGUGAUCAGUCAGUCUGUGUGGGAGUGUAUUAUGCCGGAGUGGCUAGAAGCCAUCAGAACAGAAGUCCCAGAUAACCAGUUAAAAGAAUUCAGGGAAGUAUUAAGCAAAAUGUUUGACAUUGAGCUCUGUCCUCUACCUUUUUCAUUGGAAGAAAUGUUUGGCUUUAUUAGUUGCCGGUUCACAGGAUACCCUUCCUCUGUUCAGGAACAAGCUUUAUUGUGGCUUCAUGUCUUAUCAGAGUUAGACAUCAUGGUUCCACUUCAACUAUUGAUAAGUAUGUUUUCUGAUGGAGUUAAUUCUGUUAAAGAACUGGCAAAUCAAAGAAAAUCAAGAGUCAGUGAACUAGCAGGGAACCUUGCAGCUCGAAGGGUGAGUGUUGCCUCUGAUCCGGGCCGGCGAGUUCAGCACAAUAUGCUGAGUCCAUUUCAUAGCCCUUUCCAGAGUCCAUUUCGGAGUCCUAUGCGUAGUCCAUUUCGUAGCCCUUUCAAGAAUUUUGGACACCCAGGAGGAAGGACUAUUGACUUUGAAUGUGAAGAUGAUGAAAUGAAUCUAAAUUGUUUCAUCCUCAUGUUUGAUCUUCUCCUGAAGCAGAUGGAGUUACAAGAUGAUGGGAUCACAAUGGGUUUAGAGCACAGCUUAUCAAAGGACAUCAUUUCCAUUAUAAACAAUGUCUUCCAAGCCCCCUGGGGGGGCUCCCACACCUGCCAGAAAGAUGAAAAAGCAAUUGAGUGUAACUUAUGCCAGUCUAGUAUUCUCUGCUAUCAGCUUGCUUGUGAACUCCUGGAGAGACUAGCUCCUAAAGAAGAAAGCCGGCUUGUGGAGCCCACAGACAGCCUUGAGGAUAGCCUCCUUUCUUCCAGACCAGAGUUUAUUAUAGGCCCUGAAGGUGAGGAGGAGGAGAAUCCAGCAACCAGGCAUGGGGAGAACCCAGGCGAUUGCACCGAGCCCACGGAACAUGCUGCAAUAAAGAAUGACACUGAGAGAAAGUUUUGCUACCAACAGCUUCCUGUAACUUUGAGGCUAAUAUACACCAUUUUCCAGGAAAUGGCGAAGUUUGAAGAGCCAGACAUCCUUUUUAAUAUGCUCAAUUGCCUGAAGAUUCUCUGUCUACAUGGAGAGUGUUUAUACAUUGCUAGAAAAGACCAUCCUCAAUUUUUAGCCUACAUUCAGGAUCAUAUGUUGAUUGCAAGCCUGUGGAGAGUCGUCAAAUCUGAGUUCUCCCAACUAUCUUCAUUGGCAGUUCCUCUGCUUCUCCAUGCUUUGUCACUUCCUCAUGGUGCUGACAUCUUCUGGACAAUCAUAAAUGGCAAUUUCAACAGCAAAGACUGGAAGAUGAGGUUUGAAGCAGUGGAAAAAGUGGCUGUAAUUUGUAGAUUUUUGGAUAUUCACUCAGUGACCAAAAACCACCUGCUGAAGUACUCCCUGGCACAUGCCUUCUGCUGCUUUCUCACAGCUGUGGAGGAUGUCAACCCAGCGGUGGCUACCAGGGCUGGUCUCCUGCUUGACACCAUAAAGAGGCCAGCAUUGCAGGGUCUGUGUCUCUGUCUUGAUUUCCAGUUUGAUACUGUGGUUAAAGACAGACCCACAAUACUGAGCAAACUUUUACUCCUGCAUUUUCUUAAGCAAGAUAUUCCUGCCUUGAGCUGGGAGUUCUUUGUCAACAGAUUUGAGACCCUUUCUUUGGAAGCUCAGCUACAUUUGGAUUGUAACAAAGAAUUUCCUUUUCCUACAACUAUCACGGCUGUAAGGACCAAUGUUGCUAACCUCAGUGACGCAGCAUUGUGGAAGAUCAAGAGGGCUCGUUUUGCAAGGAACCGCCAGAAGAGUGUGCGUUCUCUGAGAGACAGCGUGAAGGGGCCUGUGGAAUCCAAGAGGGCACUCUCCCUCCCCGAGACCUUAACCUCCAAAAUUCCCAUGAGGUUGACCAGGCAUGAGCAGUCUGCUCCGGCUCUCGGUGGGACACGCGAACACACACCAGGACAACAGUCUCCCGAGAAUGAUAACACCAUCAAAGACCUGCUCCCAGAAGACGCUGGGAUUGACCACCAGACCGUCCAUCAGCUGAUUACAGUGCUCAUGAAGUUUAUGGCCAAGGAUGAAAGCAGCGCUGAGUCAGACAUCAGCAGCGCGAAGGCCUUCAACACGGUCAAGCGGCACCUGUACGUCUUGCUCGGCUAUGACCAACAGGAAGGUUGCUUCAUGAUUGCACCUCAAAAAAUGCGCCUGUCAACUUGCUUUAAUGCAUUUAUUGCAGGAAUUGCCCAAGUAAUGGACUAUAACAUUAACCUGGGAAAACACCUUCUCCCCUUGGUGGUUCAGGUGCUCAAAUACUGCUCUUGUCCUCAACUACGGCAUUAUUUCCAACAGCCACCUCGUUGUUCCCUCUGGUCCCUAAAACCUCACAUCCGGCAGAUGUGGUUAAAGGCCUUGCUUGUCAUCCUUUACAAGUAUCCGUACCGAGACUGUGAUAUCAGCAAGGUCCUGCUGCAUCUGAUUCACAUAACCGUCAAUACGCUCAACGCUCAGUAUCACAGCUGCAAGCCGCACGCCGCGGCGGGGCCUCUGUACAGUGACAACAGUAACGUAAGCAGAUACAGCGAGAAAGAAAAAGAAGAAGAUAGUGUUUUUGAUGAAUCUGAUAUUCAUGAUACACCUACUGGACCCUGCAAUAAAGAGUCUCAAACUUUUUUUGCAAGAUUGAAAAGGAUAGGCGGCAGCAAAACCGUGAAAUAUCAGCCGGUUGAGAUGAAUGUGCAGAGAAGUGAGAUAGAGCCGGCUGAUUAUAGAGAGACGGGUGCAUUACAAGACAGCAUUCUACACUGUGUGAGAGAAGAAAGCGUUCAGAAAAAAAAGCUGCGGUCUUUAAAACAAAAAUCUCUUGAUAUAGGGAAUGCAGACUCCCUCUUGUUUACAUUAGACGAGCACCGAAGGAAGUCCUGCAUAGACCGGUGUGACCUAGAUAAGCCUCCUGCCCAUGCUGCUUAUGUCAUGCAGAGACAUGACCAUGGACGUCCCAGACAGAACUCUGCUGCGAGGCCUGACGACCCUGAAGGCCCCGAGAACCCAGCGGCGGAAAGUUUCCAAGAAACCCGCAGGCCUGUGAUCCCCGAAGUCAGGUUAAACUGCAUGGAGACGUUUGAGGUCAAAGUGGAUUCUCCGCUCAAGCCUGCUCCCAAGGAGGAUUUAGACCUGAUAGAUUUGUCCUCUGACUCCACCUCUGGGCCUGAAAAGCACUCGGUGCUCUCCACAUCUGACAGCGACUCUCUUGUGUUCGAGUCUCUUCCCCCGCUCCGCAUCGUAGAGAGCGACGAGGAAGAGGAGACCGGGGAGCCGGCAAGUGCUGGGGCCUCUGGUAAAAAUGCUCCCUCCUCUCCCUCCCUCUGCAGCCCCCCCUCGGUCCUCAGCCUCAGCACAACGCCCCUCGUGCAAGUAAGUGUGGAGGAUUGUUCCAAAGACUUCUCUUCCAAGGACUCAGGAAGUAACCAGUCAGCAGGUGCCACAGGCUCCGCCUGUGUUGUUCUGGAGGACCCCGCAGACUCUGAAGAACGUUCGAGACUGGAGGAGUCCCAGGACUUCUCCUGCGGCAGCCCUCUCACGCUUAAACAAAAGCGAGACCUCCUCCAGAAGUCCUGUGCCCUCCCAGAGGGGUCACUGGAUGACAACCCCGAGCCCAGCAUCGAGGAGGAGAAGCCCAGCGGGCCGGUGCCAAGUUCAGGGGCAAAAACUGUCCUCCUCAAAGUCCCAGAGGAUGCCGAGAACCCAGCGGAAAGUGAGAAGCCCGACAUGAGCGCCGAGUCGGACACAGAACCGAAUCCCGAGAGGAAGGCAGAAGAGGAGGGAGCUGAGGAAUCCGAAUUCAAGAUCCAGAUUGUCCCCAGGCAGAGGAAACAGCGCAAGAUUGCUGUCAGUGCCAUCCAGAGAGAGUAUCUGGACAUCUCCUUCAACAUUCUGGACAAGCUGGGAGAACAGAAAGACCCAGAUCCCUCCACUAAAGGACUUUCAACUUUGGAAAUGCCACGGGAAUCCUCGUCUGCCCCUACAUUAGAAGCUGGUGUGCCAGAAACAAGCAGCCACUCCUCAAUAUCAACUCAGUAUAGGCAGAUGAAAAGGGGAUCCCUGGGAGCUCUGACAAUGAGCCAGUUAAUGAAGCGACAGCUGGAACAUCAGUCUAGCGCCCCCCAUAACAUCAGCAACUGGGACACUGAACAGAUACAGCCCGGGAAACGGCAGUGCAACGUGCCCAUGUGCCUAAACCCUGACUUGGAGGGGCAGCCGUUGAGAAUGAGAGGUGCCACGAAAUCCAGCCUGCUGUCCGCACCCAGCAUUGUCAGCAUGUUUGUGCCGGCCCCAGAAGAAUUCACAGAUGAGCAGCCGACGGUGAUGACGGACAAAUGCCAUGACUGUGGGGCCAUUCUUGAGGAAUAUGAUGAGGAAACCCUGGGGCUGGCCAUCGUGGUCCUCUCCACGUUCAUUCAUUUAAGCCCGGACCUGGCAGCCCCACUGCUGCUGGAUAUUAUGCAGUCCGUGGGAAGAUUGGCAUCCAGCACCACUUUCUCUAAUCAAGCAGAAAGCAUGAUGGUUCCUGGCAACGCCGCGGGGGUGGCCAAGCAGUUCCUGCGCUGCAUCUUCCAUCAGCUGGCCCCCAACGGCAUCUUCCCACAGCUGUUCCAGAGCACUAUCAAAGAUGGGACUUUUUUACGGACCUUAGCCACGUCUCUGAUGGACUUCAAUGAACUGAGCUCUAUUGCUGCUCUCAGUCAGCUCCUGGAGGGUCUAAAUAACAAAAAGAAUUUACCAGCAGGGGGUGCUAUGAUACGCUGUUUGGAAAACAUUGCUACCUUCAUGGAAGCUUUGCCCAUGGAUUCGCCUAGCAGCCUCUGGACCACCAUCAGCAACCAGUUUCAGACAUUUUUUGCCAAGUUGCCUUGUGUCUUGCCCUUGAAGUGUUCUUUAGAUUCCAGCUUGAGAAUUAUGAUUUGCCUCUUGAAGAUACCCUCUACCAAUGCCACAAGGAGUCUGUUGGAGCCAUUUUCAAAACUGCUCAGCUUUGUGAUUCAGAACUCUGUCUUCACUCUGGCCUACCUGGUGGAGGUGUGUGGUCUCUGUUACCGAGCUUUCACAAAGGAGCGGGAUAAAUUCUACUUGUCUCGCAGUGUUGUUCUGGAGCUCCUGCAGGCUCUGAAGCUCAAAUCCCCUUUACCAGAUACAAACCUCCUCCUGCUUGUCCAGUUUAUUUGUGCGGAUGCUGGGACCAAACUAGCUGAGUCAACAAUCCUGAGCAAGCAAAUGAUGGCCUCUGUACCCGGAUGCGGGACGGCCGCAAUGGAGUGUGUGCGACAGUACAUCAGCGAGGUGCUGGACUUCAUGGCCGACAUGCACACGCUCACCAAACUCAAGAGCCACAUGAAGACUUGUUCUCAGCCUCUGCAUGAAGAUACCUUUGGUGGACAUCUCAAAGUUGGGCUGGCUCAGAUUGCAGCCAUGGAAAUCUCACGGGGAAACCACAGAGAUAACAAAGCUGUGAUUCGCUACCUGCCUUGGCUCUAUCAUCCCCCUUCUGCCAUGCAGCAAGGGCCGAAAGAAUUCAUCGAGUGUGUCUCCCGCAUCCGUCUGCUGUCCUGGCUGCUCCUGGGCUCCCUCACUCACAACGCAGUGUGUCCAAAUGCCUCCUCUCCAUGCCUGCCCAUACCUCUCGACGCGGGCUCUCAUAUCGCAGACCAUCUCAUUGUUAUCCUGAUUGGGUUUCCAGAGCAAUCAAAGACCUCCGUGCUGCACAUGUGUUCCCUCUUCCACGCAUUUAUCUUUGCUCAGCUCUGGACCGUGUAUUGUGAGCAAAGCGCCGUAGCGACAAACGUCCAAAGUCAGAAUGAAUUCAGCUUCACGGCGAUACUGACCGCGCUAGAGUUCUGGAGCAGGGUGACACCCAGCAUCCUUCAGCUGAUGGCCCAUAACAAAGUGAUGGUAGAAAUGGUGUGUCUCCAUGUGAUCAGUUUGAUGGAGGCAUUACAAGAAUGCAAUUCAACAAUUUUUGUCAAGCUGAUACCUAUGUGGUUGCCAAUGAUUCAGUCAAAUAUCAAGCACUUAUCGGCCGGACUGCAGCUUCGCCUCCAGGCCAUUCAGAACAACGUGAACCACCACAGCCUAAGGACACUGCCCGGCUCGGCCCCGAGCAGCGCUGGCCUCGUGGCUCUCCGCAAGUGGCUCCAGUGUACCCAGUUCAAAAUGGCCCAGGUGGAGAUCCAGUCCUCGGACGCGGCCUCUCAGUUUUAUCCUCUAUGAGCGGACUCCUCGGCUCUCAGUGUCAACACUCUGGUUUAGCAAUAAUGGGUUUCAAAAAAAAACAAAACAAUUUGAUCCAAGCAGGUUGGGGAACAUAUCGGUACUGUACAUUCUCUUUCUAGUUUAGUAAAAAAAAAAAAAAAAAAAAA